AUGGCGUCCCCGGCACGCCCCGCAGCCGCAUCCGUCUCCGGCGCCUUCGGCCUCUCGCCCGACCCCAAGCGCUGCUCCUUCGACCAGGCGCUCCGGCAGAAGGAUUUUCAGGAGAACAGACUGUUAAUGUCAUUUGUUAAUUUCCAUGAGCAAGAAAAGAUUUCUAAAGAAAUCGUGACAGACGCUAUAGAAACAUGCAUGAAGAAACAAGCAGAUAACUUGUUGAAUUCACUGGAAGUUAUCAGUGGUAGGUUGUCACAAUUGGAGUUAUAUUGCUAUAAGCUGGAAAGGUCCAUUGGAGAAUUGCGAAGUGAUGUGAUGGAUUAUCAUAACGAAGCAAAUCUCAACUUUCAGUGCCUUGAAAAGCAAGUGAAAGAGGUUCAGAAAUCUGUGCAGGUCAUUCAGGAGAAGCAGGAGCUUGCUGAAACUCAGAAAGAAAUGAGCAAACUUCAGGUAGUACAUGAGGAUUCUGCACAAAAGAGUGAAGGUACUGCUCCAUCAGCUUUCAUGACUAGAGAAAAUGAGGUUGCCCUUGUGCCAUUGCACCAAGUAAAUGCUGUUCAGUCUCCUGCUGUGCAAUUCCAAAGUUGCAGUGGCCUUAUUCUACAGCAACUGGUGCCAGUCCAAGACCAGCAGCGCUCGAACCAAACUGCUGUGUACUGUAUGCGAGGCCAAAGUCAUCUGGAGCACAGACAGGCCCAAAUGUUUCAAGCUGCUUCUCAAUCUGUGCAGACACACACUCGGAAAACUCAGCCACAGACAGUAGUUGAGGUACCUCAGGUAACCAGUCAGGCACCAGAGUUCUACCCUCAACCGCAGCAUCAAUGGCAACAUCAAACCGGUCAGCAGGUUCAGUCCCAGGCAAGGCAACCACAACCACAGGUGGUACAGCAGCAGCAGUACAGCAAUAUCCAGCAAGGUCCAGCACAGAUGGUUCAGCUGCAAACGUCCUCUCCACAUGCUCAUAGCACACCACAGGUCACACUAGUAUAUCCUCCAUAUGGGGCUCAUCAGUCUGCAUGUGGUAACGCUGAGGCACGCACCGGGGGCAUGGUCGUGCCACCUUCAUACUCCACAAUUUCCUCGUCCCAGCGGAAGCAUCACGAAACUGCUCCUAUUUAUGUACAAAGCAACACGGUUUCUGUUCCGUUGGCGGAGCAGCAUCAGCAGCUUCAUUCACUCAGCAAUGGUUCAUUUGUACCUCAGCCAAGCAAAGUUAAUCCAUGUGGUGUCGCAUCAUACACGGUACAAGGGAAUGCACAGACCUACAGCCCUGCUUAUGGAAGCCCUUCCAGCAAUCCUGCUACUUUUGUUGCUGUCCUUAAUCAACAAGCACAUUACAGUGCUCCCAUGGUGCUUCAUCACUUGGGACCUCAGUCAGUGCAGAACCAUCCAGUAGACAAUGCUGAAAAGGUUGCUCGGAUGGGUUACUCAAAGGAUCAAGUUGAGGGCCUUGCACUCCGAAUGGUGGCUGCAGGCCAGCCUGCAGACUAUAACCACCUGCAUGAUAGGUUGAGCUCUGUUAGCCAUGGGGUAGCUCCUCAUGCAUGGUCUGGAUAG